CGUGGUGGAACGAUGCGCGGAAAAUCCUCUCGGACGGCCUCUUUCUUACCCCGUCCAUCCGAAAGAGAGAACGAGGGCGAGGGAGAGACAACCACCCUUAAAAUUAGGGCUCGGGUUUGAAGUUUGUAGAUGAGUUAACAGAGUUAGAGGCCAUAGAGUCCGUUGAUUCCAGUUCAAAGAAGAUUAGGUUUUUCUGACUUCUUUUUAGAAAAAAUUUCGAAGUUUUUUUUCCCGGUUUUUACUGCUUUUCUUUGCUCGCAAUUGUUGCUGGAUAGUUCUUGUGGAGGUAGAAAGAAACGGAUUCGAAUUUGAGAGUUUGGCAGCUCUUUUGUUGUAUAGGUACUGAUUUCUUGGUGUAUUUCUGGAGUUAUUAACUGGGGAAGAGAUUUCAGUAUCAGUAAAGAUUUGGGUAUGUGGAGUAAAGCUUCUAGUUGGGGAAGAGGUGAAUCCGUUGGUUUUUUCUUCUCUUGGACUUGAUGCCUGGAUGUGAUCUUUUUACAAAGACGAUUUUUUGUAAAUAGAAUAGUGGUUGCUGCACUCCAAGAGGAUCUGAAGGGAGUUUUUAUCGGGGAUGAAUUCGAUUUUUUUUGUGAAGUAGAGCGAAAAGGUGUGUUUUUUGGGCAGAUGUUUUAUUCAACUCGUGGAAGGGUCGACUGGAUUUUGUUGCUUUAUACGUUUUGGGGGUUUUGAAGUGGUGAUUGUUUAACCCAACAUGAGUCGCGGUGGCGACUGUAAGGAUCGUAGAAAAGAGUGUGAGGAGUUCAAGCGUCCAGGGCCAAACAAAGUGGCGGAUGAUUUUGUUCAGCUUGGAAGGCACUCGUUUGGAAAGCAUGGUACUGUUCCAGCUCCAUCACUUGAUAUCGAUGACAACCUACUGAUUGACCCAAGUUUGCUUUUUAUCGGAUCAAAGAUUGGAGAAGGAGCCCAUGGCAAAGUCUACGAGGGAAAGUAUAGGGAACAGAUUGUAGCAAUCAAAGUACUCAAUAGUGGCAACACUCCUGAAGAAAAGGCAACACUUGAAGCUCGUUUUAUUCGAGAAGUGAAUAUGAUGUCCAGAGUGAAGCAUGAGAACCUUGUCAAGUUUAUUGGAGCAUGCAAGGACCCAAUCAUGGUAAUUGCCACAGAGCUACUACCAGGAAUGUCAUUAAAAAAGUAUUUAUUGACCAUUCGUCCCCAAAAGCUUGAUCUUCGUCAAGCAGUUAGCUUCGCACUUGACAUUGCUCGUGCAAUGGACUGCCUACAUGCUAAUGGCAUGAUACACCGAGACUUGAAACCUGAUAAUUUGUUGCUUACUGCACAUCAGAAGAAUGUCAAGCUUGUUGAUUUUGGCCUGGCAAGAGAAGAAACUGUGACAGAGAUGAUGACUGCUGAAACUGGUACAUACCGUUGGAUGGCUCCCGAGUUAUAUAGCACUGUUACACUGCGUCGUGGUGAGAAGAAGCACUACACCAACAAGGUUGAUGUGUACAGCUUUGGCAUUGUUCUGUGGGAGUUAUUGACCAACCGAAUGCCAUUUGAAGGCAUGUCCAACUUGCAGGCUGCAUAUGCUGCUGCUUUUAAGCAAAUGCGGCCACCCCUUCCAGAGGAUGCCCCUCCUGAGCUAAUGUUCAUUGUGCAGUCAUGCUGGGUUGAGGACCCUAAUACACGUCCCAGUUUCAGCCAGAUCAUACGGAUGCUAAAUGCCUUCUUAUUCACACUCCCUCCACCAUCCUUGCCAGAGCCUGAAGCUGCUCCUUCUGUGGUGAACAACGGGGGCGCCAUUACAGCUACAUCCUCCGCACGUGGUGGUGGCAAGCUUUCUUUUUUUCGUCAGCUCUUUGCUGCAAAGAAGUCAGGCAAUAGCAGGACAUGAGCAGUAAAGGUUUCGGAUGUUUUGUUCUUGGAAAGGGGAAGUAUUAUAAGUUGUGUAUACAGGAUUAUCAUGCUUAUGAGAAAUUGUAGGGAAUGAUACUAAAGCAAGCGGAAAUUACAAGUUGAAUAUUCCUGAUCUUCUAAUCUAACAGUUGACAGCGGGCAUCUCUGGUUUAGUUUUGCUCAGAGUGAUGUCUAUAGCUAGAUAGUGUCAAACUUGAUAGAAUUUCACUGACAAGUGAUACCGAGUUUCAUUGCAAUGAAAUCAUUCUUAACUGAGUGUUAAAAUAAUCAGCAUUAGAUGCUCAGUAAUUGGAUAUCUGCUGAGUACUUCCAGUUUCCUUGAAACAGAGACUGGUUUACACCUGUUCAAGUUGUAUGGCUUUUUUUAGUUUCAUGACCUGUACUUCAAUGUUUUCUGUUUGAACUACGGGAUAUGGUUAUGAAAAUGGCUUUUUAUACAUCAAUGAUAGCAGAGAGGUGGAUGACUCAUUUAUAUUAUCAUUA